UGGGAGGUUUACACUCUGAGAAAAAACACACCCUCCGAAGGCGUGUGUAGAGAGGUGGCACAUCACGGAGCGGGGAUAAUAACAACAGGAGUGGGGGGAAAAUGCUGCUGGUUCUGCUGCAGAUGUUGGUGCUUUCCUGUGGGGCUCAGCCGCGGUGCGACCCGCAGGUUACAGGACGGUGCAAGCCUUCCGUGGUGGAAAAGCCCCAAUGCACAGACGUGAUGUUGUCCUAUUGCGACGACAUGCCCUACACCCGCACCAUGUUCCCCAACAUCCUCGGCCACAGCACCCGCGUGGAUGCAGAGACUGCCACCGAGUACCUCCUCAUCAGCGUGGUUGAAUCCCUGCUGGGCGGACAGUGCAACCCCGAGAUCCGGAUGCUGGGCUGCUCGGUUCUGGCCCCCCGCUGCGAGGGCAGCAAGGUGCUGCGGCCCUGCCGUAGCGCCUGCGAGGCGACGCACAAAAAGUGCAGUCAGGCGUUCGAGGGGAUCGAGAUGGCAUGGCCCUACUUCUUAGAUUGUGACCGCUUCUUUGUGAGUGACGAGGAGGGAUGUUACGACCCACUGGAUGGUCUCAAAGCGUCAACAGACGGUCCUUUCUUUACUGCAGAAGACGAGGCUGCUCCGACCUCGGAGGCUCCUCAACCCGAACAGGCUGCUGCACCCAUCCGCUUCACCUACCACUCCAGCUCCCAGAUGAUCGGGGUCUUAAAGAAGACCGAGGAUCGGUGCCCCGAUAUUUCCAGGACGUACAGCAUCGGCCGCAGCGCUGGGGGCCGGGAGCUGCUGGUGAUCGAGUUCUCGGACAGUCCUGGAGAACAUCAGCUACUCGAGCCGGAGAUGAAGCUCAUUGGCAACAUCCACGGAAAUGAAGCCCUGGGUGGCCAGCUGCUGAUCUACCUGGCUCAGUACCUGUGCUCAGAGUAUCUGCAGGGAAACGAGCGCAUCCAGACGCUCGUCAACAACACCCGCAUCCACAUCCUGCCCUCCAUGAACCCAGACGGAUAUGAGGCGGCUGCAACUGGGGGCGGGGACAGUGGCAGUGAUGAAGAGGGUUACAGUUACGGCUCCAGGAACAUCGGACGAAACAACGGGCAGAACAUCGAUCUGAACAGGAACUUCCCUGACCUGACAACCAUCGUUUACCGAAGGCGCAGGCAGAAGGGCUUUCGCAUCGACCACAUCCCAAUCCCAGACAAUUACUGGUUUGGUAAGGUUGCACCAGAGACGUACGCCGUUAUGAAGUGGAUCCGCUCCAUCCCGUUUGUGCUCUCUGCUAGUUUCCACGGCGGGGACCUGAUGGUCUCUUACCCUUAUGAUCUGUCCCAACACCAGCGUGGACAGAACAUGUUCUCCCCAGCACCAGACGAUAAGGUUUUUAAACUUCUCGCGAGAACUUAUGCAGAUUCCCACAAAACAAUGUCCGUGGGAUCAUCCCACGCUGGCAGCCAGAAAGGGGUCAUUAACGGAGCGCAGUGGUCCAGCAUCGCAGGCGGUAUGCAAGACUUCAACUACCUUCACACCAACUGUUUCGAGGUGACCGUGUCUCUCGGAGGGGACAAAUUCCCUCCUGAGGAGGAGCUGGCCCUCAGCUGGCAGGAUAACCAAGAGGCUUUGAUUGCCUUCAUUGAGGCAGCUCAUCGAGGGAUCAAAGGAAUUGUAAAAGAUGAGGAUGGAAAAGGAAUAAAAGGGGCAAGAAUAUCCGUCAGAGGAAUACGGCAUGACGUUACCACAACUGAAAACGGAGUCUACUGGCGCCUCCUCACACCGGGCGUCCACAUCGUCUCUGCCUCGGCGUCUGGCUACACCCGAGCCACGAAGAAAGUCCACCUCCCUGCCGGCAUGCUGAGUGCAGGUCGGGUGGACUUUGUGCUGCAGAAAGCUCCUCCAGACUCUGACCUGCAGGAGGCUGAAAGAAUCGUGAGCACGUACGAGCGAUUUGACCCCUACAACCAGUACACUCAGUACACCAUGAUGGCUGACGCGAACCAGCAGCGCGUGGAGAGAGCGGAGAAACCCUGGUGGUGGAGCUACUUUGUCUCACUUGGGGGUCCUGCCCCAACCUGGCUGCUGAAACGCGAUUAGAGCUUAAAGACGGAAAA